AUGGCUAGGGAUUAUCCUCAUAAUAAGAAUCAGAUUCAAGGAAGGAACACCAGUCGAGUUUAUACCUUGGAUGCAUGGAAGGCUAAGAGAGACAAUGCCUUGAUUGCUAGUACGUGUCUCAUAAAUGAUCAUCCAUGUUUUGUUUUGUUUGAUUAUGCGGAAACACACUCUUUUGUAUCAAUUAAGUGUAUGAAGUGUCUUGGCUUGCAAGCAAUUCCUUUGCUUUCUCCUAUGGUGGUUACUACCGCCAUGGAUGAUGUGGUUGAGACACCGUUGAUUUGUGAAAAUUGUUCGCUUUCGGUGAAUGGUAGGAUUUUCCAUAUUGAUCUUAUUUGUUUACCAUUUAAAAAGGUUGAUGUAGUCUUGGGGAUGAAUUGGAUUUCUGCCAAUUCGGUGUUCAUUGGAUGCGAAAAGAAGUUAAUCAUCAUUCCAUCUAGUGAAGCUACUCCAAAGGAUGUAUUAACUACUAUCUUGGAAGGUACAGUUGACAUGGUUAAUUUCUUAUUUAAGAAGGAAAAGUCAGUUCUCUUGGUUCUCACCAAGGAACCUAGCGACAAUCUGAAAAUUACACAAAUUCCCAUCGUUUGUGAAUUUCCAGAAGUUUUCCAUGAGGAUGUCACUUCUCUUCCUCUUAAAAGAGAAGUGGAAAUCUCUAUUGAUCUGAUACCUGGGACGACUCCAAUCUCUGUUUCUCCAUAUUGUAUGGCGCCACUCGAGAGUUAG